AUGUCAAACCCGCCGCACGCUCCCGAAGACACUUUACAUGACCCCCUGGUGACACCUGCUACGCCCGUCCAUCAUGAUUGCUCCGAGGAGGCAGAGCUCUCCCAGAGCAACCCACGUCACCACUUGUCGCAGGACCACCGGUCCCAGGGGGCUCAAGGGGUGCUUUCUCCAUCGCGUGCUGAAUCCCCAACGGUCCGUCAAUGGUCCCAGCCCGUAUCUGCUUUCGCCCUAAAUAGGACCUCCACGAUUCCUUUGGAGAAAUUAUCCCGCCCUGAAUCCAUCCAUAGCCCACAAUUGUCCGAGAGAGACAGUAUCUUCGCGACACAUUAUCUCCCUUCGGAUAGCGGCGCCAAUACCCCACAAUUGCCCCCCGAAAGGGCCUCGGAUCAUGAGCGCCCGGUGAAUGCCAUCCCCGGCCUGGAUGAUACACCUGGGUCCCCAAGUCCUAUAUCCAAGGUCUCCCCCCACCGCUCCCACGUCGAUCCUUCCCACAUGGAAGUUGACGUCCGCAGACAUCUCCCAUUGCGCUCCUCGCCUCUGUUUUCUCACACCAAUGCCCCCCGCUCGUCUCUACUGCGCUCGUCCAUCUCUUCUUCGGACCACGUGAAAGAUCAGCAGGGGGAGACAAUCACUCCGUCUGUGCACAUUGGGCCUUCGGAUGAAACAGGUACGAAAGCUGGCAGCUCUCAAGACACUUUGGCUGAACGCAGUCUUCUUCCGUCUUUGAUAGACGAUGCAUCUCACCACCCCCGGUCCUUAACGCCCUCGUCGUCCGGCCAGGACCGGCCGAUGGUUAGUUCGGAGAUCGCACCUCAUACUUCGUUUGCAGACUCCUCUCGAGGUAUUCCUCUCGAAGAGAGCUCAACCAGGGGUCGCCGUGGGCGAGUGGAUAGCGCAAUUGAGGCAAACCUUGCCAACGCGGAGCCUGCCUCUAACGUGCGCAGCCGCAAGUCUAGCCAUUACCUUGGCUUGUUUAAAGAAAACACGACGUCGCCCGACCGUAAACGAUGGGACGACCGCACUAAGCAGCAAGAUGAGCCAUUUGAUCUGAGGGAUCACACCAUGGAGCCCGAAAACCCGAAACUUCAUACCCUAGCAGAGGAGGACGGGAUACUCCGCAAAAGUAUUUCUCUCCCUUCAUUGGACCAUGGUCCGUCACCCGAGUCAGCGACGUCGAUGAACACGUCUCAACAAGCCGACCAGGAGGAUGGCCGCCAGCGGCGUCCACAAGCGCUGCCACGCGGUCUCCUCGAGGAGAUCCGCAAUUUUCAUCUGACUCCGGGUGGCGGCCGCGGAUCCUCCUUCUCCAAAAGCAUCCCGACCCAGUAUUCGGAGCGCAGUCGCGAUUACUUCCAAAGAGAACCUCAUGUCGAACACUUUGCUGAUUCACUGAGCUCUUUCGAGGAAGGAGAGCGUCGGGAAUCCGCCCAAUUCGAAGAGGAAGAGGAGAACGAGCAAAUCUCCUCUGCUGUUUAUUUCCCUCAUAAGCGCACAGUUCCGGAAGGGGUUGAUCUUUCCGAGCAAUUACUGGCGGACUCGGGUAGUGUGGAAACACUUCAAAUUUCCGCUGCAGAGAAAGGCAAUGAACUGAUGCUAGUGCCCCAAGAUCGUAGAGAGUCUGCGGAGCAGGAAGUCGGCCAUGUGGAUAUAUCCUUUCGAUCUAAAAAUGAAAGUAAGAUCCUCUCCGGCGAGCUUCCGGAUCUUCGGUCUCCGGCAGAAGGCCUGCCAGAGAAGUCCUUGAGUACGGUUUCCGAACACAGUUAUGAUUCCACUGGAGAGUCUGAAAUUGUCUCCGCGGACGAGAGUUCUCAAUCAAUGCAUGAUGAAUCUAGCCUCACCGACGACCUCGAGGUAACGCCGACCGCCACGCCCACGCAACGAUCCCGGUUCCCUUUGAGACGCAAGUCGAAACCCGCAGGGCCUCUUGGAGCCGUGGAACUGAAGCCGUACAGGCAUCAGGUUGGGGGUCAUACCACUGUUUUCCGCUUCUCGCGACGGGCAGUGUGCAAGCAGCUCAACAAUCGGGAGAAUGAAUUCUACGAGCGCAUUGAAAAAAGGCAUCCUGAUAUGCUAGUGUUCCUUCCCAGAUACAUCGGCGUUUUGAACGUGACUUUUUCGAAGACCUCGAAACGCCUCAGAGCCAAUACCGACCGUUCAAACGGAAGCAUUCUCAAUGCAAGUCAGACUAACGGAUCUUCGGCAAUUAAUUCCCAUACGCUGGAAGCUCCGGAACCCCAGCGAAUCGUCAGUCAGAGUCAAGUUACUGGGGUAAUUCCCAAAGUCAUUCUCGAGAACAACCGUCAUAUCAUCCCCGCCGAUCUAUUCACUCGUCCUCAACGACCGCGUCUUGCAGAUGACAGCGUGAUGGGCCGGCCCCGCUCGGCUGACGGUCUCGAUCAUGUAGCAGCGGACUCCGAUUCCACAUCACUGAAGAAACGCACAAAGAUCUGGGGUGCGACUACAGUCAACAGGAAACUCCAGGAACAGGUGCUCCGGGAAGUCUUCAGCCCGCCAGCCAUUCACCAUCAUCGGCGACACGCCCGUGGCCCCCUUCAUCUACCGAGAGCCAGCUCAGAUAUUCCUCGUCAGCGUGGAAACUUGUCAGAAGAGCACGCAGCUAAUAGUCGCCCGUCGUCACUGGGUAAGAUCGAGACUUUGAGAACCCCUGCCAAGGAGAUCGCGCGGUCCAAUCCGGAAGGCCCAACACUUUCGUCAUCGGCCUCCACCGCUUUUGAGGACAAUCGUAACCGUCUCGAAAAGGUUCAGACCGAGGAGCAGCCAGAUCGAGCAACCUCUCUUCAUCGUGGCCAGAUGAGGCGGCGGCACUCAGGAGGUGGCCUGCAAAGACGUGGAAGUAUCAACUCCCGCAAUGAUGGCGAGCUCCUGUUUUUCGACGACGAAGGUUACGGUGGGGAUAGAGAGGAUGAAAUCUUCUCAAUGGAAGGCGAUGCAUCUAUGCCUGAGAACUCCAUCCCCAAAGUCAAUUCUUCGUCCUCCAUUUCCACAGUCUCGGAAAGCGCCUCUACCAUUGGGCCCUAUGACAUUGAAGCUGGAACCCCUAGUAGAAAACUUUUGGACGCCUCGCGUGCAAGGGCGAAGGACGACGCCAGUUCUGAAUUGCCAAGCAAUCCCAAGGAGGCGCAAUUGCGAAAAGAUGAUCGAGUUCAGUUUUUCCUCCUACUGGAAGAUCUCACGGCUGGCAUGAACAAGCCAUGCGUCCUCGAUCUCAAGAUGGGCACUCGUCAAUACGGCAUUGAGGCGAGCGAGAAAAAGAAAAAAUCGCAAAGGAGAAAGUGCCAGUCGACCACAUCCCAACAACUGGGUGUUCGCCUUUGUGGUAUGCAAGCCUGGAAUGUCAAAAAGCAGGAAUACAUCUUCGAGGACAAGUACUUUGGACGAGACCUAAAAUCCGGUCGUGAAUUCCAGGAUGCACUCACUCGCUUCCUCUACGAUGGCGUUAGCUACACCAGCGUGGCUAAGAAAAUCCCCGUCAUUUUGGAGAAAAUCUCGCUGCUGGAACACAUGAUCCGAAAGCUGGACCGAUACCGUCUCUAUGCUAGUAGCCUUUUGAUUCUGUAUGACGGAGAGCAGGCAACCCCUCCCUCAACGCCUAGUCGUCCCACUAACGAACGGCCCGACCUACGACGACGAGCCUCUGAAGAUGGGCACAACAACAUUGAUGUUCAGCUGAAGAUUGUCGACUUCGCCAAUUGUGUGACAGGCGAGGAUGAAUUACCUCCGGACACGCCCUGUCCGCCCCACCAUCCGCAGGACAUUGAUCGCGGGUACCUCCGAGGCCUUCGCACCCUACGGAUGUAUUUCCAACGCAUCAUGCGAGAAGCUGCCCAAGACGAGUUCAUCGAGCGUGGCGAGGGCGAGGCCAUCGCGUUGGGGUCACAGCCUGCUGUUCGCGAAACGCCCUCAGACCAAUAUUGGGACGAGAGUGUAAUGGACAGCGACGCGGGUGAAGUCAGCUUCUGA